AUGCUCAGAUCAAUGCAUCAGACCUCUCCCUUGCAUCUGUGUCCUGUACAUGUCUCUUGCUCUUGGACAAUAAAAAUAUUUGUGCAUAGACUAUAAAUGCAUGGUAAUAAUAGUUACAUGCUUCUCAACUCUCAGCACUGCAUCAUCACCACAUCUCUCCUCUUCCGCUACCUCUCACAUAUAUGGCACAGCAUCACCCACAAGCUCGGGCUUGGGAGUCAGCCAUGCUUCUUCACCACCGUUAUUACCAUCAUCUCUACCACUCGGAGCAGGAGGAAGCCCCACAUGAGAGAGAACACAUGUUUGAGAAGCCCCUCACACCAAGCGACGUAGGGAAGCUCAAUAGGUUAGUCAUACCGAAGCAGCAUGCCGAGAGGUACUUCCCACUCGACGGCGGCUCGGCGGAGGGAGGCCUUCUGCUGAGCUUCGAGGACGAGUCAGGCAGGGUGUGGUGGUUCCGGUACUCGUACUGGACCAGCAGCCAGAGCUACGUGCUCACGAAAGGGUGGAGCCGCUUCGUCAAGGAGAAGAAGCUGGACGCCGGCGAUGUCGUCCUCUUCGAACGCCCGCGGUUCGGGGGGCGGGACCAUUUCUACAUCGGUUGCCGGCGUCAAAGCCCGCCGCCGGCUCACUCCAUGACCGUGCCCGACGGUCCAGAGCCGCUGAGCCCGGUGUACCACGCUGCUGCUUGCUCGUAUCCGGCGAGCAACACAGUAACACAAGACUGUCUUCUUCAUGAGGGUAAGAUGUGGCAUACAUUUCAGUAUCAUGGAAUCACCAAUACAAGGACAAGGAAUUCCUUAGUUGCGUCCAUGUACAGGAGAGCAGAGGAACGGAGCAACGCGGAGCGAGACGAGGCGAUUGAGACUCUUCGGCGUAAAUUUCGACUGCGGGCCGGAGCCGGAGCCACAGCCUAUGACCUCAGCCUCAUGGUUCUUGCCAGGAAACGCUUCCAGUUCUCAGCUAUAGGAGGUCCAUCCUCUCCUCUUCCGAAUGGCAUUGUUGAUUUGACUUGCGAGGGCACUGGGCACUGGUGGAGGUGGGCAGGUGGAAAGAGAAGCGUCGGAAAAGAGGAGGGGAGGGGAGAAGAAAUCCCUGGAUUUCCGGGCAUGCGAUCUCUGCGUCCCUUUUCAUUUUCUCUUCAACGAUUCCACUGUAGACGACCUGUCGGGUCCGAUGGAUGGGAUAUCUGGUGAUGUUUCAGGAAACAUCAGAUCCAAUUUGCCUUCCAUGUUUCUGAAGAAAGAAGAACAGAAUCUGAUGAGGCUUCCUGUACAUGUUGCAGUUCCACCUGCACUUUCUCUUUCUUUCCUGCAUGAAAUGAACAGGUGAUUGGUGAGCAUGGAACACCAUCAUCUUCAUUAAACACCACCAUGAAACUAUAUGGGAUUCUAGAAAUGAAAGAAAAGACACCUGUGGAUCUCCCUCUGCC